CCCAGCAUACACUGCGCAGCGGCAAGGUCAGGGGCAUCGGGACUGGAAGAUGGCCGGCCAGGUGCAGUUUCUUCGUGCAGGGCUCAGAAACGUUGUGUUUGUGCAGAUGCGUCGCUCGUCUGACCAGUUAGGAGAAUUGGGCAAAGGUGCUGGGAAAGGCGGUGGCGGUGGAGGCUCUGUUAGAGAAGCUGGAGGAGCUUUUGGUAAACGGCAGGCUGCUGAAGAAGAGAGAUAUUUCAGGCAAAAAGAGCAGGAACAACUCACUCAACUAAAGAGAAGCCACGAGGAGGAGAUCAAACACACCAAAAAUGAAAUUGAACGCCUGCAGAAGAAACUUGAGCGGCACAGCCAGAGUAUCAAGCAGCUGGCAGAUAAAGAUUAAUUUAAGAGAUUUACAGUACUUUGUUUUGCCUGUGCCGUGUCUGUGGGUUAUGCACACUAAAAGCUCUCCUGUGUGAGGUUGAUGUAUAAUAUCUUUGCAGAUGUUGAAUAAAAAACAAUGCAUUAAAUAGCUUUACAUUGAACUAGCAA